AACUCUUACACUGUUCUCCCCAGCUGCUUACUUCCUUUCACAAAUCACAAUCACAUCUCUCUCUCAAUAGCUCAGCUUUCCACAAUCGCAUUUUCAUCCCAGUUUCUCUCUGAAAUCAUUUUCAUUUUCAUCCCUCUGAGCGCUAUCAUCACCAGCUGCAGCUACAACCACCAUGUGUGGCGGUGCUAUCAUCUCGGACUUCAUCCCUCCCACCGUUGCUGGGCGAUCUUCCCGCCGGUUGACGGCGGACUUUCUCUGGCCUGAUCUGAAGAAACCCAUUGAGAAGAAGUAUUCGAAGCCGGUCGUUGUUGAUCUUGACGAUGAUUUCGAGGCUGAUUUCCAGGAGUUUAAGGAUGAGUCUGAUGCCGAUGAGGUAGAUGAUGUCUUGCUUGAUGUCAAGCCUUUUGCUUUCUCUGCUACUGCCUCUCCUCCUACUCGCAAUCGCAGUCUUUCCAGGGGCUCUACAGCUGUAAAGUCUGUGGAAUUCAAUGGGCAAGCUGAAAAAUCUGCAAAGAGAAAGAGAAAGAACCAGUAUAGAGGAAUCCGGCAGCGCCCAUGGGGAAAAUGGGCUGCUGAGAUUCGUGACCCUGGGAAAGGAGUACGAGUUUGGCUAGGAACAUUCAAUACUGCUGAAGAAGCUGCAAGGGCAUAUGAUGCUGAGGCACGAAGAAUUCGUGGCAAGAAAGCUAAAGUGAACUUUCCUGAUGAAGCUCCACGUGCUUCACCUAAGCGUACAGUUAAGGCAAUCCCUCGGAAACCACUUGCUAAGGCAAACUUGGCUCAGAAUUUGAGUUACUUGGACAAUACAGAACCGGACUACUUCAAUACUUUGGGCUCUGUUGAUGAGAAACCACUAGUGGGCCAGUUUGGUUUGAUGGACUCUUUUCCUGCGAAUGUAGAUGGUGCAAACAAAUCUAUUUCUCCAUGUGAUAGUGUCCCCAUGUAUUUCAAUUCUGACCAGGGGAGUAACUCACUUGACUGUUCCGACUUUGGAUGGGGAGAGCAGGCCUCAAAGACUCCUGAAAUCUCUUCUGUUCUUUCUGGAACAGAAAUUGAUGAAUCUCUGUUUAUGGAGGAUGCCAAUCCUAAAAAGAAGAUAAAGGCCGACUCUGAAAUUCUGGUGCCAGUAGAAGAAAACAAUGGAAAAUCUCCGUCUGAAGAGCUGUUGGCUUUUCAGAACCAGAUGAACUUUCAGAUGCCAUAUCUCGAGGGAAGUUGGGAGGCCUCAUUAGACAACUUCCUUAAUGGAGACUCGACUCAGGAUGGUGGAAAUCCAAUGGAUCUGUGGAGCUUUGAUGACCUCCCUAAUUUAGUUGGAGGACCUUAUUGAGCAAACUAUUAUCUGCCUGUUAGCUUCUGUAAAUAAGGCUACAUGUUAGGAUGGUUGUGUCUGAUACAAUGGUAAGAGCACACCUGGACAUGCUUAAAUCCUAUGUGGGUUCUAAGGAGCUUUUGGUGCAACAGUAGUAAAUAGGUAUUUUAGGUUCUCCUUAUUACAUUUUGAGACAUUUGGAACUUUUAAUGACUGUAAUUGUCAUUUGUAUGUGUGAUUUGUGUUGAAAACUGGAACCAUAUAAAUUUUCAAGUUUGCUUUUGUUGUUUUC